AUGGCGCGGGAGCUGAGCCAGGAGGCUGUGCUGGACUUCCUCUGGGCGGCCGGGGGGCGAGCCCCCAACACGGCGCUGCUCCGCCACUUCCAGCGGUUCCUCCGCGACCCGGCGCUGACGGAGCAGCAGCGGCGAGAGCGCCGCGAGUACUUCAAGAGCCUCGUCAAUUCCCUGGCCACCGUCCACCCCGCCGCCGCCCCCGGCGCCUCCAAGGACAUCGUCCUCCGCCGCAGGUACCGCGACCUCCUCGAUGAGGAGCUGCCGCCGCCGGAGGAAGAGCGGGAGCAGGAGGAGGAAAAGAACGAGCCGCCGCCCCGACGCGACCCCGACGGGCGGCGCGGCCCCCGCGGGGAGGCGGCGGAGCAGGGGCGGCCCGGCGGGGCGGGGGGCUGCUCCGCCCGGGGCCGCGGCGGGCCGUGCUGCGAGUGCCGCCGGGCGCGCCGCGCUGCCGCCGCUGCCGUCCCCGCGACACCGCCCACCCCCCGGCCGCCCCGCUCCCGCUCCCCGCCGCCCCCUCCGCAGCCGCCUCCGUACCGGACCGAGCCGCCCCCGUACCGGACCCAGCCGCUGUCCUCGGGCCCCUGGGCGCUUCGCCCCGGCGGCGCAGCGCGCCCCCGGCCCCCGGCGCAGCCGUCGGGUCCCGGGGCGCUGUCCCCCGCGGUGCCGCCCCGGUCCCGAUCGCCGCCGCUGCCUGCCGCCGGGCUGCCCUCUGCCACAGCGUCCCGGUGCCGGACGCCACCGCCGCCAUCGGGCCCGGAGAUGCCGCCUCCCUACAGGUUGCCUCAGCCCCGAUCUUUGCCGCAGCCCGCGACCGGGAUGCCCUUGCUGAAGGCUCCACGGCCCUCAGCAAGCCCGGAGAGGCGAACCCCCGCCGGAUCCAUCCCGUCCCCGCUGCUGUCAUCGGGCCCCAGGCCGCUGUCCCCGCGGGACCUGCCGCCUUCCCGAUCCUUGCCGUUGCUGUCCGCCCCGGAGGUGCUGCCCCUGUCCCGCUCCCUGCAGGCACUCCCUGCCAGCCCCUCCUCAUCGCCAUUGCUUUUGUCAGGCCCCGAGGCGCUCGCUUCCACCAGGCUGCCCCCAUCGCAGUCCAGGUCCCUGCAGCAGCUCCCCACCAGGCCAUCCCCAGAUCUGCCGAGGGGAUCCAGGGGGCUGACCCCCAAGGGACCAACCCAACUUCAAGUCCUGCGACUGCACCCGUGUCAAAGCCUGACACUGCCGUCAGGUCCUGGGAUCCUGCCCCCCACCAGGUGCCCCCCACUCCAAUCCCUGUCACAGUCCGCCACUCUCCCUUCCCCAUCCCGUGCCCUGCAGCCACCCCUUGCCAGGUCACCCCCAUCCCAGUCCUUGCUGCCAGCACAGGGCCCCGCAGUGCCCCAAGCCGCAGACAGCCAGCCCCCAGCACCGCUGCCUGUUUUCCAGAGCAUCAGGCGCCAGCUCGCUUUGUCGGAGGCGCAGGGCACCCCCUCCUCAGCACACGAUGACUGUGGGCGGCAGCCUUGCUCCGUGCUCGCCAAGAGCUCCCCUAGGAACGCCACAAGCCGGGGGCCCCUGGUGCCGCUGGGACAGCGGGAGCACGCCUGGCUGGUGGCAAUGUCAGCAGGCUGCUGGGCUCAGGUGCGGGGGCUCUUUCUGGAAGAGCCUGAGCUGGCCCUGCAGAAGGACUUCAUAUCAGGCUUCACGGUCCUUCACUGGCUGGCCAAGCACGGUGACGGGCCGGGCCUGCAGGAGCUGGCAGCGGUGGCGCGGCAGCUCGGGCUGGCCCUGGACGUGGACGCCCGCUCGGGCUGCGGGUACACGCCACUGCACCUGGCUGCCAUACAUGGCCACCAGCUUGUCAUCAAGGUGCUGGUGCUGCAGCUGGGGUGCCAGGUGCAGGUGCGGGAUGGCAGCGGGCGCCGGCCCUGGGAAUACCUGGGCAGCUCCACCUCGGGGGAGAUCUGGCAGCUCCUGGAGGCACCCCGUGGCACAAUCAUGUUCCCCACGCAGCCCCUGGCCCCCCGCGCUUCCUCUGUCAGCAAGGUCUUGCCGUCCACCGGCAGGGCAGCGCUGCCUGCCUGCCUCAGGGUGCAGCUCGGCCGUGGGGCAGUGUCCCACCAAUCCAGCAGCGACAGCGACUGA